AUGAGCAAGACCACAACUGUCACCAGGCACAUCAGCCCAGAGUUUGCAAUGACCAAAAAUACAAUUAUGCUGUGUUCACAUGAGCCUGCUUCAGCAGGGGAUACACAUCACAAAAGUAGUGAUCGAUUUCUAUGGGACCACAAAAGGAUAGGGAGAAGGCCAGUAAAAACUGACCAAGCAGGGCAGGAAUCCACCCCCACAGGAAGCCGCCCUCAGGAGCUCACAACGCUGCCUUCUCAUUGUUACAGCAUAGUGCCGGGGCUUGCAGAUGGCCACAUAGAAGUCAUAGGCCAUCCCUGUGAGAACGAAGACCUCAAUGCCCCAAAGAAAUGCAUGGUGAAGAACUGUGUCAUGCAGCCACUGAUGGAGAUGAACUUCUUAGUGUCCAGCAAAUCAGGGAUUAGCUUGAGGGUCACCAUGAAGUUUGAAUUCGCUGCAGGAGAUUUCCUGGAGUCCAUUCAUGAUGUAAGGAAACUUCAACAAAUGGAGGAGUCAAAGCAUUCUGCACUGAGGUUCCAAAACAAUCAGACUGCUGCAGUCACCUUCAUCCUCCUGGGCUUCUCUGAGUACCCCGAUCUCCAGGUGCCCCUGUUCCUGGUAUUCCUGGCCAUCUACACUAUCACCAUGUUGGGGAACCUAGGAAUGAUCCUCAUAAUCAGGAUCGACCCAAGACUCCAUACCCCCAUGUACUUCUUCCUCAGUCACUUGUCCUUUGUGGAUUUCUGUUACUCCAGUCUAGUGACCCCGAAGCUCUUAGAAAACCUGAUCGUGGCAGACAGAACCAUCUCCUUCACAGGAUGCAUCACACAGUUCUUUUUAGCUUGCAUAUUCGUAGUGACAGAAACAUUCGUGUUCACUGUGAUGGCUUAUGACCGAUUUGUGGCAGUUUUCCAGCCUCUCCUCUACACUGUUGUGAUGUCUCCGAAGCUGUGUUCCUUGUUAGUGGGUGCAUCCUACUCUUGGGGGCUAAUAUGCUCCCUGACACUUAUUAAUUUCUUACUGAAAUUGUGCUUCCGGGGAAAUAACAUCAUGAAUAACUUUGUGUGUGAGCAUGCUGCCAUUGCUGCCCUGUCCUGCUCUGACACCUACAUUAACCAGCAGCUCAUUUUCUUUACUGCGACAUUCAAUGAAAUCAGCAGCCUGGUGAUCAUUCUCACUUCCUAUGCUUUCAUUUUCAUCACAAUUGCAAAAUUGCCUUCGCCUGGGGGUCGCAGUAAAACCUUCUCCACCUGUGCCUCCCACCUGAUGGCAAUCAGCAUCUUCCAUGGGACCAUCCUGUUCCUCUACUGUGCUCCCACCCCCAGCACCUCAUGGCUCCUGGUCAGAGUGGCCUCUGUCUUCUACACAGUGCUCAUCCCCAUGGUGAACCUCAUGAUCUACAGCCUCAGAAACAAGGAGGUCAAAGAGACAAUCAGAAAAUUAGUCAGGUCCAAUUUACUAUGUCAAAUCUUACAAGGUCUGUAA